CUCCAGCACCGUCUUAGCGUCCAUACAUCAAUCUCCAUUCGGUGCCCGCCGCCGCCUCCGCCUCCGCCGCCGACCUCCUUUCCACUCUUUCACCCCUCACUCCUUCCUCUCAGCUCAGUCUCACUCGUUCCUACCACUGAGCGAGCUCGGAAAUCCUUCAGAUGAACCAUCACUAUCACCUGCAGUCUCCGUCCAAGUCCCGGCCUUCCCUUCUCUUCCCCCGCGAGCCCCAAUUCCGCGUCUACAAGCGCCGCCGCCUCAAGCCGAUCCCCGUCCGCCCCCUCCGCUGCCUCCACCUCACCUUCCAGUCCCAGUUCGAGAACCUCCUCCACUCCCUCGCCUCCCAGUUCCCCCCCAAUGACCUCCUCCCCUCAGCCCUCGCUUUCGCGUCCGGCGCCGCCCUCUCCAUCUCCCAAGGCUUCGCCGGCCGCGGCAGCUUGGGCUCGCAUCGCCGCGACAUCGGAGAGUGGAUCCUCUUCUCCAGCCCGACUCCUUUCAACAGGUUCGUUCUCCUCCGCUGCCCUUCCAUCUCGUUCGUGGGGAGCGAGCUGCUCGAGGACGUCAAUGAGCGGCUCGUGAAGGAGGACAGGCACUUCGUGAAGCUCAGUUCCGGCAGGAUGCAAGUGAGGAUCCCCGAGGUUGAUCACAGAAGGAAGGAUUCCGAGCCGAAGUUGGAGUACCAGAGGUUGUGUAUUGGGGCGGAGGAUGGAGGAGUGAUUUCCCUCGAUUGGCCGGCGAAUUUGGACCUGAAGGAGGAGAGGGGAUUGGACUCUACUCUGCUGCUGGUGCCCGGGACGGCUGAGGGGAGUAUGCAUGAGGACGUGAGGGCUUUCGUGCUUGAGGCUCUGCAGCGAGGUUUCUUCCCCGUGGUUAUGAACCCGAGAGGGUGUGCUGGGUCACCUCUUACUACUGCAAGGUUAUUUACAGCUGCUGACAGCGACGAUAUCUCCACAGCGAUUCACUUUAUCAGUAAAGCAAGACCGUGGACGACACUGAUGGGUGUUGGCUGGGGUUUCGGGGCAAAUAUGCUGACAAAGUACCUUGCAGAAGUUGGAGAGAAAACACCGCUUACUGCUGCAACUUGCAUAAAUAAUCCUUUCGAUUUGGAGGAGGCCACAAGGUCGUUUCCAUAUCAUGUUGCAAUUGACGAGAAGCUUGCUGGUGGACUAAAAGAUAUUUUGCGAGCCAAUAAGGAGCUCUUUCAAGGCAAGGCAAAAGGGUUUGAUGUAGAAAAGGCCCUGUCGACAAACUCUGUCCGUGACUUUGAGAGAGCAAUAUCUAUGGUACCAUAUGAAUUUGAGGCAGUAGAAGACUUCUAUUCCAGAUCAAGCACACGAGAUUUGGUCGGGAAUGUUAAGGUUCCUGUACUUUUUAUACAGAACGAUGAUGGAACAGUGCCACUUUUCUCAAUUCCUCGUGGAAAGAUAGCUGAAAAUCCAUACACAAGUCUGCUUCUAUGUUCGUGUUUGCCAUCUGCUAAUACUGGCAAUACAUAUGCUCUCUCCUGGUGUCAGCAUCUCACAGUCGAGUGGCUUGCAGCAGUGGAACUUGGACUUCUUAAAGGUCGACAUCCUCUUUUGAAAAAUAUAGAUAUUAGCAUUAACCCUUCGAAAGGUCUCUCUCUGGUUGAAGGCAAUAUAUCCAAUCAGAGCACUAAAAUCAACAAGUUCCUCGAACUUGAUGAGGUAGAUGAGUAUUCCAUUGGUAAAAUGAGUGGGAUGCUUGAAGAUGGUGAUAUUACAGCCACUCCAAUCUUCGGCUCCAUGAAAGAUCAACAAAGAGAAUUGGGAAAAGUAAACGAUGUAGCUAAGGUUGUAAAAGAUGGAGGGUUGCAGCAGAGUAGUUCUGUUGAUGCAGAGUUGGUCAAGGGAGAGGGAGAGAGCUCUAUGGAUACUGAAAGAGGACAGGUGCUACGAUCAGCUGAAGUGGUUUUGAACAUGCUUGAUGUUACUAUGCCUGGAGUGCUGACAGAAGAUAAAAAAAUGAAGGUUCUGACUGCUAUGAGCCAAGGUGAGACACUCAUGAAGGCUUUACAUGAUGCGGUGCCCGAAGAUGUUCGCGGAAAGAUUACCCAUGCAGUAUCGGGAGUUCUGCAAGCACAAGGGGCUAACUUGAAGCUGAAUAAAUUAGACACUGGUCAUAUUCCUAAUUUCUCCCCAAUGUCGAAGGCAAAAAAAGAAGAGUCUGUUCAUGAUAUUUCUAGCCAAAUCGCAUCCUCUAAGGAUAAUCAGUCCUCGGAUCAGAUGGCCAAGGCUGAAGACUCAGGCUCAGAAAAUGGUUCUUUUAAUGGCGAUCAGCUGAGGCAUUCUUCUGGAUUGGAGUCAGAGCUCCAAUCUUCGGGUAAAUCAGCUAGCAGUUUUGAAGAUGAAACAAAAAGUACUGGUGAAUCGGAAAAUAGUUUCGACUCUGAGGAGCUUUCCAGAGAAAAAGCUUCUGAUUCGUCUAUUCCAAGUAGAGCUGAGACAGCAAGUGGGUCGGAAGAUAUGACUGCUGAUGCUCUUGCUGAUUCAGCAGCAAAAGAAUUGGUAGACAGGCAGAAGAGUGAGGAGAGAAGUCCAGAUUCUUUAUCAGAGGAAAAGAAUAUGACAUCGCCCAAAGUUGCAGAAGACGUUCAGUCAUCAUCUGAAUUUUCUUCGGAGGUCCCAAAUGCAGAAAAGGACAAGAAUGAUGAUCAAAAGAAAGAAAACAAAAGCAUGCAAUCUCCUUCAAACUCAACCCCUUCCUUCUCAGUGACAGAAGCACUAGAUGCCUUGACAGGGAUGGAUGAUUCUACCCAAGUGGCAGUGAAUAGCGUUUUUGGGGUGCUGGAAGAGAUGAUAUCUCAGUUGGAAGAAGGUUCAGACAAUGAAGAUGGAGAUGGAAAAGUUGUCAAGGACAAGGAGGUUGGUGCAUCAUCCCAGAAUCAGGAAAGAACCCAUGGCGUUUCUAUUGAAGAGAAAGAAGUUUCUAACAAGGAAUCAGGUUCAGAUUCUCAUCCCAAUGGGUUUCAUGAGGAGGAGCUAGCUCAAUAUUCAGGGAGGCAGGAUACAGUUAAUGGAAUAGGUAAAGGGGAAAACAUUGAGAGUAAUCAAUUAGUUAAUAGCCGAUUUUCAGAUACUAAUAAUGUUGACAAGCUUAGACUAUUAAAUGGUCUUCCAUUGUAUGCCACCACAAAACCUUAUGGGGGCUUGCUUCGUGAUGAAUAUAUACGCAGGUACCUCUUUUCAAAGCUUCCAACUAAGCCACUCGACAUGGACACAACUGCAGCCCUGCUGCUAGACUAUAUCCCUGAAGAAGGCCAGUGGAAGCUUUUAGAACCACCAGGAAGUAAUGGAGACUCUACUGGUAGUGUUGCUAGUACUACUGGGAUGGGUGUUAACCGCACAAUUAAGGAUGAAUCUUCUGCAAAUGUAGAUAUAGCGGAUGAAAUUAUUGAAACCACUUAUGUUGUAAUGGAUUCUGAAGAAGUACAGCCUCCAGUUAAAGAAUACGCGAUAAAAGAUAGAAUCAAAAAACAUGCCCAUACCAAUGACAUGGGAUCUUUCCAGCUAAUGCACUUCAUUAAGAAGAUCAUACUGGAUUGUUUAAAGGUUGAAGUUGAUCGCAGAAUGAAUGUAGAAGAUAAGAAGGAAAUGGAGCCUUCUCUUGCAGUAGAUUGUGAAUUAGUUGCCAAUGCUGUGUGCUCAGCUGUCAGUUGCGAUGAGGAUCUAGCUUUAGAUCUGAAAGCAAGGACUUACAGCAUUGACCAUUCUUAUGAGAAGAUUGGGACCCUACAUGGAGAGCUUAUAGUUGAAGCACUUUCAUCAGCUGUCCAGGAAACGAAUUAUCUGAAAAGAGUACUCCCUGUGGGUGUUGUUGUGGGUUCCUGCCUUGCUGCUUUGAGGGAGUUCUUCAAUGUGGUCAGUGCACAUGAUAAUGCCACGAUAGAAAGGGACACUACUGAUGGUACUAGAGAUAGGGCAAACAUCUUUAGUGAAUCUCUGAUGAAGGAGACGGCUCUGGUGGAAAUGUCCCGGAAUAAGAGUGACACGGAGCUUAAUAACAGAGAGAUUGAUAGCCCACCAGAUAAGAAAUCUGAUAAAGAUAAUUCAGAUGAUUGGCUUCGAAUUGGAGACAAGAAUGACAAGAGCAAGGAAACACGCAAUAGGCAAGUGAUGGUUGGUGUUGUUACUGCUGCUUUGGGCACUUCUGCACUCUUGGUGAAGCAACAGGAAAUGGGCAAAGGCAAUGAGAAUGUUGGAAUUUCAUCAGAGUCCUUUAAGGAGGAAGGAACUCAUAAAAAGGAGCUUGGAGAAGUAUCAUCUGAAAAGGACCAUACGAACCUAGUAACAAGCCUUGCUGAGAAAGCAAUGUCGGUUGCUGCUCCUGUUGUGCCUACAAAAGAUGGUGAAGUGGAUCAAGAAAGACUGGUAGCAAUCUUGGCAGAGUGGGGUCAGAGAGGUGGACUGCUGAGGCUGGUUGGAAAAGUUGCUUUGCUUUGGGGUGGCUUACGUGGUGCAAUGGGUUUCACCAACAAGCUUAUUUCAUUUCUACAUAUAGCGGAACGUCCACUUAUUCAAAGGAUUGUUGCGUUUGUGUGCUUGGUUCUUGUGCUCUGGUCUCCAGUUCUUGUUCCAUUGCUUCCAAUUCUUGUGCAAAGCUGGAUGUCCCGUAGCCCCUCCAAGAUUGCUGAAGUUGCCUGCAUUGUUGGCCUGUAUGCUGCCGUGAUAAUACUUGUUAUGCUGUGGGGCAGGAGAAUCCGUGGCUAUGAAAAGCCAUUUAGGCAAUAUGGCCUGGAUUUGACCUCAUCGCAGAAGGUCCAUGAUCUCUUGAAGGGCUUGGUAGGGGGAGUGAUGCUCAUUCUGGCAAUACAGAUCCUGAAUUCUUCUAUAGGUUGCACCAACUUUUGUUGGCCUCCUGGUCUCCGUUCACCUUCUUUAGAUCCUAUAGCAAAGCUCAAGGCUUACACAAAAGUUCUUUCACUGGCUGGUCAAGGAUUUGUGGCUGCAAUUGCCAUUGCAGUCGUAGAAGAAUUGCUUUUCAGGUCUUGGCUUCCUGAAGAAAUUUCUGCAGAUCUUGGGUAUCACUGGGGCAUUAUUCUCUCUGGACUGGCGUUCUCUUUGCUUCAGAGACCUUUUUGGGCACUUCCUGGUUUAUGGCUCUUGUCAGUGAGCUUGUUCGGGAUUCGGCACAGGAACGAAGGCAACCUUUCCAUUCCCAUAGGACUGCGUGCUGGGAUAAUUGCUUCGAAUUACAUCUUACAAAGAGGCGGGUUUCUAACUUUUGCACCUAAUGCGCCUUUCUGGAUUGUGGGGACCCACCCUUUCCAGCCAUUCAGCGGGGUGGUUGGUCUCUGGUUUGCUCUUGUAAUGGCAAUAAUUUUCUAUCCAAGAGAAUGCAGCAUGAAGCAGCAGCAGCUCACAAGGACAGUUAGGGAAUGACCGCACAUUUUCAUAAGAUGGUUGUCGUGGUACUCAUUUACGAAGAAUGUUACAUUUAUGGUCAGCAAACAGUCCAGAUAAAGCUCGAAUCAAGCUUGUUUGGCUUAAUUGAGGCUGCCACAGAUUGAGAAUCACUGACUUCUAGAACUGGCUCGUGAAAGAAUGAACAAAUCAAUGAGCUGCUCCACAGUGUCAUGGAACAGCUUGGUCACAAUCUCGUGCCGAGAUUCAAGUCAAAACCUUGGUGCCACUAAUCGGGGAGCAACUCGGUUUAGAUAUAGAAACCAAUUUUGGGAAUCCACAUUUUUCUGUAUAGGUAUAGAUUGUGUCUGCUGAUCUCUGUAAUUAUGGCCAAACGCCUGUAUAGGUUCUCUCCAAUUCCCGCAUGUGCAGUUGAGGUGUAUAGCUAAAGGUCAGUGGAGUGAAUGAAAAGAUGGCCAUGGCAAACGGAAAACGUGUAUGCUAUGAUAUCAUUGCGCGGGGUAUCCUCAGUUUCUCUCUGGGAAAGUUCCUUUUUUUUUCCCCCCCUUUUAUGUAUUUGUUAAUUGUUUA